CUCUAGGGCCUACUCCCUGGUGGAUUCCAGCCAAGUGUCGACAUUUCUGAUCUCCAUUCUUCUGAUAGUCUAUGGUAGUUUCAGGUCUCUUAAUAUGGACUUUGAAAACCAAGAUAAGGAGAAAGACAGUAGCAGCUCUUCCGGGCCUUUCAAUGGCAACAGCACCAAUAACAGUAUCCAGACAAUUGACUCCACCCAAGCUCUGUUCCUGCCCAUUGGAGCAUCCGUCUCUCUCCUAGUAAUGUUCUUCUUCUUUGACUCAGUUCAAGUAGUUUUCACAAUAUGUACAGCAGUUCUUGCAACAAUAGCUUUUGCUUUUCUUCUUCUCCCGAUGUGCCAGUAUUUAACAAGACCCUGUUCACCUCAGAACAAGAUUUCCUUUGGUUGCUGUGGGCGUUUCACUGCUGCUGAGUUACUGUCAUUCUCUCUGUCUGUCAUGCUUGUCCUCAUCUGGGUUCUCACUGGCCACUGGCUGCUUAUGGAUGCUCUGGCCAUGGGUCUCUGUGUUGCCAUGAUCGCCUUCGUCCGCCUGCCAAGCCUCAAGGUCUCCUGCCUGCUUCUCUCAGGGCUUCUCAUCUACGAUGUCUUCUGGGUAUUUUUCUCAGCCUACAUCUUCAACAGCAAUGUCAUGGUGAAAGUGGCCACACAGCCUGCUGACAAUCCCCUUGAUGUCCUAUCCCGGAAACUCCAUCUGGGUCCCAAUGUUGGGCGUGAUGUUCCUCGCCUGUCUUUGCCUGGAAAAUUGGUCUUCCCAAGCUCCACUGGCAGUCACUUUUCUAUGUUGGGCAUCGGGGACAUUGUGAUGCCUGGACUCCUGUUAUGCUUUGUCCUUCGCUAUGACAACUACAAGAAACAAGCCAGUGGCGACUCCUGUGGUGCCCCUGGUCCGGCUAAUAUCUCUGGGCGCAUGCAGAAGGUCUCCUACUUCCACUGCACCCUCAUCGGGUACUUUGUAGGACUGCUCACUGCAACUGUGGCAUCUCGAAUCCACCGAGCUGCCCAACCUGCCCUCCUCUACUUGGUGCCAUUUACCUUAUUGCCACUCCUCACCAUGGCCUACUUAAAGGGUGACUUAAGAAGGAUGUGGUCUGAGCCAUUCCACUCCAAGUCCAGCAGCUCCCGGUUCCUGGAAGUAUGAUGGAUCACGUGGGGAGUGACCAGGAUGUUAUCAUCGCCCUAUCUCUCACCUCUAAAAGCUGGCCUGGUACUCAGAGGAGCUGCAGCGUGACUGGGAUUUGCUUCUGAAGGGAGUGCCGGAGGGUGCUGGAGCCUGCAAGCCCUUCGCUUCCUGCACGCUAGGAGAGUGGACCUUCCAGAAGUGACUGCUCUCCCCAGCACUCCCUCCCUGGGUUUUUAUGGAUCUGCACCAGACUGUUUCCUUGCAGGGAGCAGCGGAGCUGACUUAUUUAACAACUCCAGACAGCAAGGACUUGUUCUAGAACGUUGAACACUAAAAGGAUGGGAAAAAAUAGCAAACAGAAGUUUCUUCAGUGAACCCUCCAAAACUUUGGGACCAGUUUCCUAUGGGGGACUCCAUUUCAGAGACCUGGGACAGAAGUUCUGUCCUUCUAUUUUUUUUUCUUUUGGAUUUAUUAAAUAUUUUCUGUGGUGUGAAGUGACUUAUUAAAUCCACAGACAUUGAAUGACUUCUUACAACAUACACAUAAGAAUUUGUUGUAAUGACUGUGUCCAACCGUGUUGGCAGUAAGCAAGGACACGGUUUUAUACAUACAUACAUAUAUAUAUAUACAUAUAUAUAUACGCGCACAUAGAUAUCUAUGAGUAAACAGCGACUAACCCUGCUAAGAUCAUGCCGUGUAGCAGACAGGGCUUGCUGUGGUUUAAGCAUGUAGAGCAGUCACUGUGGCUUCCUUGCAUAAGCUGCCUCUCCCUCAGGAGUCACUCGUGGGCUCUGGGGACCCCUACUUCUUUUGAUCAGUGUAGCAAAUUAGGGAUAAAAAGUUUCAACUUUUUGGCCCUUUUCUUUUUACAGGCUUCUCACAGUUUUUAGUAAUCGCCUCUUGAACCAGUGCAUGUAUUAUAGCAGCCAGGUGUCUUUGUGCUUUCCGAUCAUAGUAAUGUACUACCUGUAAAUACAGUUUUCUAUUUUAUAUUUUUUUGUAUUUUUUUUUGACAUUUCGUUUCAUUGGUGCGCUGUAUUUUCCAUGCCCUCACUCCUUUAAGAAAAAAAAAAGGAAAAAAAUCAACACAAUCCUGUCCUUGCUGGUGUGGUUACAGUCUUGGUUCACCUGUGGUGACAUCUGGGGACAGAUGUCAGUUGCCUCUCUGAAAAUGGGACUGAAGUCCACAAGCUGGGGCCGGAGGAAGCUGCAUCAUGACUUCAGAUCCUGGCCCCAUGCUGUCUGUGGCCUCUACAGGGCCGGGCACCCAGUGACUAGCAUAGUGUCUGCUCACCUUUAUUACAGCGUCUCUCAGGCUGGUAAACUGCCUGGGGUCACCGCCAGCAUGGCCUGCCUGUGCAGUAAGUUGGUGCUGUCGACCCCAAGACUGCUGUCUUCUGGCAGAAAUCACAGUUGUGGCCUAUCUUGUCAACAGAGCAGGAUGCCAUCGUGGUGUUGGGUUCCUCUGUCAUCUUCAAAUUCUGCUGAAGGGUUUGAGGGUUUGGGGUUUUGUCUAAUAAAUGACUCCUUUUCUA